AUGGCGUCACCUUCUUUGGACGACUUUGACUUUAUUCUAGUGAUGAUCCAUGAUGUGCAUGGGUUACCAAAGGGGCGUCUCAUGGCAAAGACAAGAAUGGCGGGAAUCGUCAAAGAUGGGCUGGGAAUUUACGGAGGGGUAUGUUACUUUGGCAUUCGAGGAGAAGUUUUUGCCCACGAAGACAUUGGUUACAGCAACUAUGGAAAUAAAACUUUGAAACCCAUACUGAGCACAUUGAAACCAUGUCCAAAUCUGGGUGGUGGCAAAUUCAAAGUUGGCCAGGUUCUGUGUCAGCUUGAAAACUUGGAUGGCAAAUUAGACAUAUCGGUUCCACGUACUGCAGCAGAAGUACAGAUAGACAGACUUAGGAACGAACUAGGUCUUACAGUAAAGUCUGCUUUUGAAAUAGAAUUCACAGUCAGAGAAUCUGAGAGCAAACAAUACUUUGGGCAUGAUGGGAAAUGGUCGUCUAUCAACACUUUACAUGACUAUCAGGGUUUGUUGUUCGACCUGGUUCAAGAACUAUCUGAAAGAGGUGUCGCUAUUGAUUCGCUACAGACAGAAUACGGGCCUGGACAAUUUGAGUUUACACUGGACGUCGCUGAAGGCAUCCAGGCUGCCGAUCGAACUCUGGAAUUUAAGAACGCUACGAAGACGUUAAUGAAAUCUAGAGGUUUUGAAGCAUCUUUCAUGACGAGGACAGAUCUAGCUUUUGGAGUAAGCAACGGUUUUCACUGGAAUCAUUCCUUAUGGACGCCAUCGGGGCAAAAUGCGCUGGUUGAUUUGAGCAGGCCCAAUAAACUCUCUGAACUUGGGUGUCACUGGUUGGCUGGUUUGAUCGAGCACGCUCCAGCAAUGACAGCAUUUUGUAACCCAACAGUUAACUGUUACAGGUUAGUUCUGUAG